AUGCAGGGCGUGUCGUGCCGCUUCAAAAACGGUGUGCCCAAGAUGCAGGACCAGAACACUCUGCAGUUGGUCCAUGGUCUCCACCAGGCCUGGGACUUAGAGGACCUGGUUCGUCUGGGGGGCUGGCUGAAGGCCUGCUCCUACUACGCUGCCAGGGACCUCAUGCAGGACGCCUGUAUCGUCUUCUGUCCCCACAACUACCUGCUGGAGCAUGAGGGGAGGGGAGGAGGGAGACUGGGAUAA